GGGUGAACUCCAGCAGGGCUUCUGGAAGCCAGCUCGCCUCUGGGGGGUCCUGGCCGUGGCAGGUCAGCCUCCAGGUUGCUGGCUCGCACCGUUGUGGAGGAACCAUCAUCUCUCCCUACUGGAUCAUCACUGCAGCUCACUGCGUAACCAGGACGCCUAGUCCUGAAGACUGGAGAGUGUAUGCUGGGAUAGUAGGUCCAUUAGACACUCUAUUUAACCCUGGGUACUCUGUGAAUCAGAUCAUAGCCCAUGAAGGCUACGACAGCCUGACGCAGCAGAAUGACAUCGCUCUCGUGAGACUCUCUAAACAUCUGGACAUGACAGGCUCCAGUAAAAUCGGACCUGUGUGCCUCCCAAAUGCUGGACUGAACAUCACUGCUCCUGAGACGUUCUGGGUAACAUUUUACGGCCAAAUAACAAAUGGAGACUCUCGCUUUCUGUACCUGGUGGAAGCUCAGGUCUCGCUCACAGAUUCUGCAGAGUGCAACAGCUCCAUGGCUUACGACGGCAAGAUAUCACAGGACAUGCUGUGCACCAGGCAGAUGAAGGCAGAAGACAGAAGGUGCCAUUCUGACAGCGGCGGCCCUCUGGUGUCCUUCAGGGAUGGACUGUGGUGGUUCGUAGGGGACAGCAUUUGGCCGGAAAACUGCAGCGUGCAAAGUAAACCCGGGGUUUAUGGUGAUAUCACACACUUCCUGGACUGGAUCUACUAUCAGAUGAAGAAGCAUCAGGAAUCCUGACUGCAGGAGCGAAGAUGGUCAAUCUCAGAUGAAGGAGUUCAACAUCUGCAUUAGACAAUGAUUUCCUUCUUUGUCGUGUUCCUGCUACGUUCAAACUUAUCUGCAGCACUGUUUGGUUUAAAGUCUUUAGCUUUAUUAUCUUAUGUAAGUAAUGCUGUGUGGUUUGAGGUUUUUAUGUAAAGAACAGGAUUCAAUUAGCGCACGCA